AUGAAUGCGGCAAUCGACGGCGGGCGGCAGAGGGCAGAGGACUCGGCGGCGUGUGGCAGCCAACGAGCGAUGGCUGCAGAUGGUGUACCAGAAUCUGCAAACGGUGGCCGGAUUGAGAUGGGCUGCCGGAGGGGGAGUCGGGGAGGGAGGGAUGGAGAGAGAGAAGAGAGUGCAAAGCCGCACGGCCAGUCGCCGGACGCUGGCCCACCUCCAUCCUCACCGCCGUCAUCUUCCUCAACCGCCGCACUUCCCAUCCUUCGUCGCCUCAGUCGCCAGAGAUCGACGGUGCAGAGACGCCGUCCUUCCCGUCCUUCAUUCCUCCCAGCGGCGCCGACCGUAGCUCUAACUUGA